AUGCUCUGAAUACCCGUUUCUAUUUGAUUCUGCAAAAUCCAGUCAGAGCAAAUGCUUCUUCUACAGAGCGCCAUCAAAACCCUACCUACUGAUCAAAGCAUCUCGUCGUCUCUCUUCAAGCGCCGGACUACUCUGCUGCCGAAACCUUUCUUUCCCGGCUUUGAUUUGAGGUUUAGUUUGGGUUGCAGAACGAAGAAGGCCUCACACCUUGCUUCCAAAACUAGGACCCAUGCCACUCUUCUUGAUACCCCCGUCUUGUGGGCGGGCAGAGUUGCCAUCUUCUACGUCCUCCUGAAAGCUGGAUUGGCUGGAUCGCCUUCUAACCCCAUCUUUUCAGAUUCUGAGAAUGGUGAUGCCGAUGACAUGGGAUUUGCUAAGUGGUUCGAUCGGUGGAGACGAAAUCCAGAAAAAGAAGCCGCUGACAAAAGGAAACUAGUAAGCAAAUGGCAUCCAACAACCAAGGGUACCCUUAGACGUAAUUACAGGGUGCCGUCAAAAUCUGAAGGUCGGCGUCUUCUUAGAGACAUUGCUUCCUUACUAUCAGACGAUGACCAUUUUAGAGAUGCCACUUCUCACAAGGGUUGUCAGAUCAGGAGGGAGAGUGCUCAUGGAGAAAGUGUGUGUUGCAACAAUGUGAGAGCUCUGUUUGAUGAGCUCCCGACACCACACCUAAUAGUAGAGAUCACACCUUUCCCUGCGGGGCCUUUAUCGGAAAAUGACUAUAUCAAAGCCGAGAAACUGGAAGUCGUCCUUAGAUCAGGCCCAUCGGUUUAAAAAAUGUUUCACUGCCUUAAAACUCGGUGUAUAUUGUUCACUUCUGUCAGCUUCACUGUAAUUAUCCACAGUUUUUGUCAUUGAAGCCAUCUUCCAGUUUAUGUCAUCAAUUAUAUUUAGAUUAAAAAAAACUUAUUGGACUUUAUUUGGAAUUUUAUGCUGGUG